UUUCUUUUCUCCUUUUUAUAGGGACUUUAUGUUUUUGUGGUUUAUUUCAUUUUACACAACCAAACGUGUUGCCCUAUGAAGGCCAGCUAUACCGUGGAAGCCAACGGUCACCCAGGACCCAGCACAGCCUUUUUCACUCCUGGGAGCGGGAUGCCUCCAGCUGCAGAGAUGAACAAGUCUACCCAGAGCCUCAUCAACGCCAUGGAAGAGGUGCCAUCUGAGUGGGAGAGAGUGUCCUUCCAACAGACCAGCCAGGCAAGCCCUGAUCUGAAGACAAGCCCACAGAAUGGUGCCUCGUUCCCUUCUUCUGGGGGAUAUGGCCAGGGGUCCCUGAUAGCUGAUGAGGAGUCCCAGGAGUUUGAUGACUUGAUAUUUGCAUUAAAAACUGGUGCUGGUCUCAGUGUCAGUGACAAUGAGUCUGGUCAAGGCAGCCAGGAGGGAGGCACACUGACUGACUCCCAGAUUGUAGAGCUCAGGAGGAUACCCAUUGCUGACACACACCUGUGAGCCUCACCCAUCACUGAUACACACCCGUGAGCUUCGUGAACUAACCUUAGAAAGAGCAUGACUUUCCUAUUGGCCUGGGCUUUUGUACUAAACGCUG